AUGCCCAGAAGUCGUGUUGCUAACAAUGGUAUCGAUUCCAGCGACGACGCAAUAAUGAGAACCGACAAAAAACUCCGCAAUCGUGUUGCUCAACAAGCUUUUCGAGAAAGACACGCCACGUAUGUUCGGGAUCUUGAGCGUCGUCUCGAGCAGGCAAGUCAAAGUGAGGAUGAGCGAGUGGCAAAAUUGAUAGCUGAAAAUGUUAUGCUGCGAUCGUUGUUGACGCGAGCCCGUGACAACAUCAACCAUACCAUGGCUGCUCAGAAUCGCACGCUAGAUGCAGUCUCGGCGGCUUUGACUGAGACCGACAAGUCGGGAAGUCACGAAGGAAUGGUCACAGAUAGGAGCUCUCCGCAAGACGAAGGAGCAGCUUCCGCGUCAGUAGGUAUCGGGCGCGGUAUAGCUUUAUCAAGUGAACCCGCGGAGCAAAACUCUUCUGCUCUCGUGAGUACUUCGCAAGACGAGGCGCCCGAAGUGUACUUUCAGGACGACCUUGCGAUGCUCUCGGAAGAAGCAAUCGUGGCAGAGAACAUCAGCAUGCUAGUGCCCAAUCUCACCUCAGAAGGAAUCGACUGCAUCCCGGCACCUGUAAUGUCAAGCACUGUUACGAGCCAAGAUCCAAUUGCUGUGCAAUUAAAUUGGCCAGAGGAUACUUUGGCGACCAACUUUGUCUCAUCAUCUUUGAAUGCCCGUCCGACGCAUGAUCACCAAUCCUGGACCCAAGAGUUCGGACAGGACGACCUGAUGGCCGAUCUUGAGAGGCAACGUAUUUCUCCAUACAACCAGUUGUCAAAUAUCUGGUCGCACGAAUAUCAGAUGGGCCCACCAGUGUAUCGCGAGGUGCUUGCCCGUGUUCCACAAUUUGGUCAUGAACUUAUCAUCACAAAUUCUAAUUUCUCUGACCAUUUGGAUGCCAUCAAAAACUGUUUCGGUCGUCUGAGAUAUAUGAACCAGCUUACGGUCCUAGACUAUACGCGGUAUGUAGAGUUUGAGCUGCUGGAGAUUCAGUCAACUGAUAUGUACAGAUUUUUCAAGUCUGUUUCAGUGACCUUGUCCUUGUUCAACAGCCUAGCAAGACCUGAAGUCCUUGGUUGGUAUGCGCCGACAAAGUAUUAUCAACAUAUUGCUGGAGUUGCCAUGUGGCAAAUCAGACCUUGCCGAGAGACAUAUAUCAAACUUGCUACACGAUACCGGCCAACAGCUCUGCAAAUGAUGGAAACUUAUCCAGCUGUCAUCGAUUGGUGCCCAUUUGCCUCCGUCCGGGAUCGGCUUAUCACUCUCCAUGCCGCCAAUCCUCGUAUUGACAGCAUCGUUUGCGACAUGGCUACAUCAUACGUUGUCGAAGCCGACUUGAGCGACCUCGUGCAAAGCGGCAGCCAAUCAAGACGAUGUUUCUUACGAGUUUGGGAUAUCAUCCAAAGCAUGGGCCGCGAGGCAGGGGAUGAGAGGCGAUUUCCUCAUGCACAAGAAUAUCGGCUCCCAGCGCCCACUGCGGCUUCGCUUUUCACCAAAGAAUAUGCAGGACAGGUGUUUCAGAAGCUUCACAUGGAUGAGGGCAUCGCGCUUUAUAAGCUCGAUCCUGCAUUCUUCUUACAAUACCCUGAGCUCCUUGGUGACGAUCAUGAUAUUAUCGGCCAAGGCAUCGCAAUCCUGCCUGAUGUCCAGACCACACUUCCUGGACCAAGCAGACUUGAUGAGACAAUGCUGACCACGUACAAACACUUUACGUCAUGGUCAAUCGAUGUACUUUCUCAAGACUAA